UUAUUGAUUUCUAAUGUAAUAACAAUUUAGAAUUUGUAAUGUUUCUAAUUGAAGUAGGCCAAACUAAUAGCUCUUAAUUUAGAACUUAAGAACAAUUAGUCUUACGUAAUCGCAUCUAAAUAGCUGUGCAGCGGUAACAUCUACUGUUAAUUGUGCUUAGUUACGAUGAGAAUGGUUUUCAUGUUAGAAUUCAUCAAUUUUGAAAAGUAUAAUUGGCUGUUGUUGUUUUUCCAGCCAACUAAGCGAACUUUUGUUAGACCCCUCCCCCACGUAUAUGUAACUGUUAAGUAGGCCGAAGUUUGUGUGAUUUGACGUAAGUCGCGUAGCAACACAGUUUUUGUUUUGCUAAAGUCCAAAAGAAGAACCGUUUAUAAGAUCAACCUUGGACAAUAACAUUAUUAGUAUUUGUGGAAGAAAAGUAAAGUUAGAGUAAAAUGGUAAAGCGGAGGAAGAGCAGAGGAGGUAGAAUGAAGAGAAUGGAGAAAUGAAAUGGAGGCUCGCGCGCGACUUUCACUUAGCGAUCGCGCGCAUAUGUUGUCAUAGCGAUAUGUUUCAAUUACUAGAAAACACCUGCCACGCAAUUAUUGUUUGCUUGCAAUUGCGAUUGUUGACGAAUAGAUGUGGUGGCCUCGAGGAAACGCUGCUCUUAUCGGUCAACAAGAGCAAUAGAGGCGGCGACAGCAGCAGCAGCAGGAAUAAGGAGAAAAAAAAUAAGGAGCGUGCGGGAAAUCUGUAUCGCAGUUUGUUUGUUUGUUUGUUUGGUCGAUAUGGAAACCUGCGAGUAAACAAUUCCAAUCGAGCUAUCUCCUAACCUAAAUUGCGCUCCUCUCUCCGGAAACAUUGCCGAAUGAUGUUUGUUCUUCCUCCGACAACAUGAACGAAAACAAAGAAUACACUGAGCGGCGCGGCAGCCUGAUGAUCCUGUCGAUCACCAUCCUGCUGAUAAUCCUGAUCGUCGUGCUGGGGGUGACCUCGCAGUUCAUGCUGGAGAAGACGGACGCCAACGUGAUCCUGCUGUGUCUGAUCGGGAUGCUGAUCGCCGUCGCCGUCGCAUCCUUCAUCUUCAUCGAGAUGCAGCGGCGACAGGCGCAGAGGAAACGCGACGUCGGCGCCUCCGAACUCGUCCGGCAGAUCUACGAGCAGCAGAAGCACCAGGAGUCCAUACCAGAGUUGGGAAACACCGACGGAAGCACCGCCACCUGGGCUCUGACCAAACCCUGGCGGUACAGCCAACGUUCCACUCUUCGGGUCUAGCAAACCGCCGCCGCCUACAG